AAUCCAUCGGAGUAAUUUAAAAUAAUGCGGAAGCCUUUUUAAAGUCAAACAACUUGGGAUCUUGCCCGAAAACGUAAUAAGCAUUAAAGUUAAUUAAAUAAAGCAUAAUCAACAGAUUAAAGAGACAGCCACGCCAUCGUACAUCUCCUCCUCAAUGCCCUCUAGGAUCGGCACUAGGUUCAUCUGUCUGAUCACCUACGGACAGCAAAAAGGAAAGAACGCUAUCCGCUCAGCAUUGACGCUGAGUGGUACUCCAUUGUAGCACAAGAAUAAACAUAAUAAUUCAACAAUUAAGAUCGUGCAUAUGUUUAUCCUUUUAAUAAAAAUCAAUUCAACUUUACAUUCGGUUCUUUAGACGGUUGACCAACAGUCAACUUAUUUUCUUUCUUUUCAAAACGAUUUAAGUGUUACGGGUUUCUCAUGAACUCUUUGACCACCGGUCAAACCAAUUUAGACUUUCACCAAAGUCAAACCACUUAACAUUUAAUGCCUAUGACGGAGAUAGCCUCAAUCCGUAAUACCGAAUAUGGCCUCAAUUCGGUGGAGUUUCGGUGAAGGGAGUGGAGAAGAAGGUGUGGGUAUUUAUGAGAUCAAGAGGGGCACUAGCUUCUCUGUGAAGAUCACAAACUAUGGCGCAACUGUUAUCUCUGUCACCCUCCCUGAUAAACAUGGAAAAGUAGAAGAUGUAGUUCUUGGAUUCGACUUCGUGGAGAACUACAAGAAUGACACAACUUAUUUUGGUGCCAUAGUUGGGCGGGUAGCUAACAGGAUUGGGGGAGCAAGAUUCAAACUCAAUGGCACUGUGUACAAAUUGCCAAACAAUGAUCAUGGAAACACUCUCCAUGGAUUUCCCGGGGAUCUUGAUGUGAAGUUGACGUAUAUGUUCAUCGGCGAAAACAAGCUUGGCGUGAGAAUGAAAGCCAAGGCAGUGAACAAGGCUACACCAGUAAACCUGGCAUCACACACCUACUGGAAUCUCAGAGGCCAUGACAGUGGGAAUAUCUUGUCGCAUAAGAUCCAGAUAUUCGGCUCCAAGAUCACUCCUGUCAAUGAUAAGCUCAUCCCCACAGGUGCCAUUGAAUCAGUGAAGGGCACACCGUAUGAUUUCCUGCAGCCACAGGCAAUUGGGACCCGGUUGGAUGAGCUACCCGGUGGAUACGAUAUCAACUACGUAUUGGACGACACGGGGUCCACAAAUUUGGGCAUGGCUGCCGUGUUGGAACUGCUGGGUGAGCUCCCUAGUGGCUAUGACAUCAACUACGUGUUUGACAGCCGGGUGCUAAGGAGUUUGAGCAUGGCUGCGGUGGUGGAAGAGGGGAAAUCGGGGCGAAAAAUGGAAAUGUGGACUAACAUGCCAGGGGUUCAAUUCUACACAAGUAAUUCGCUGAAAGACACCAAGGGGAAAGGCGGAUUCGUGUACAAAAAACAUGCGGCUUUGUGCUUGGAGACUCAAGGCUUUCCAAAUGCGGUGAACAACUCGAAUUUCCCUUCGCAGAUUGUGAACCCGGGGGAUACGUAUGACCAUGUCAUGGUUUAUAGGUUCACUGCUCAUUAGAUCAAAUACAUAAGCAGAGUUUUCUUGUGUGCUAUCAACCGAUUUUACUUGUCUUUUCCCUGCAAGGCCAUAAAAGUCUCUUACAUUAAAAGGGUGAAAUGGGU